AUGCUCUAUCCCAGGCGAGGUUUGCAGGGAGCCCGGUGCCUGCUGCUCUCUCUUCUGCUCCUCGCUGCCUGGAAGCCGGGGAGCUGCCAGGUCCACUACUCGGUCCCCGAGGAGGCCAAACACGGCACCUUCGUGGGCCGCAUCGCGCAGGACCUGGGACUGGAGCUGGCGGAGCUGGUGCCGCGCCUGUUCCGCGUGGCGUCCAAAGGCCGCGGGGACCUGCUGGAGGUAAAUCUGCAGAAUGGCAUUUUGUUUGUGAAUUCUCGGAUCGACCGCGAGGAGCUGUGCGGGCGGAGCGCGGAGUGCAGCCUGCACCUGGAGGUGGUGGUGGAGCGGCCGCCGCAGGUUUUCCACGUGGAGGUGGAGGUGAAGGACAUUAAUGACAAUCCACCAGUCUUCAGAGAGAGAGAACAAAGGUUAUUUAUUCCUGAAUCUAGACUGCUGGAUUCGUGUUUCCCGGUGGAGGGCGCUGAGGACGCAGACAUUGGCUCAAAUGCUCUUCUAACAUACACUCUCAGCCCCAGCGAUUAUUUCUCUUUGGAUAUACAGGCUAAUGAUGAACUAAGUAAGUCACUUUCACUCAAAUUGAGGAAGUCUUUGGAUAGAGAAGAAACACCAGAACUUCUUUUAUUAUUGACAGCCACUGAUGGGGGCAAACCUGAACUGGAAGGUACAGUCCAGCUGCUGAUCACGGUGCUGGACGUCAACGACAACGCCCCGUUGUUUGCCCAGGCCGUGUACAGAGUCCACUUGUUAGAAACUGCAGCAGACGGAACUCUAGUGACCACAUUAAAUGCCUCAGAUGCUGACGAAGCUGUGAAUGGAGAAAUUGUCUUUUUAUUUGGCAGUGAUGUUCCUCUUAACAUUAGAAAGAAUUUCAAAAUUGAUUCCGGCUCAGGAGAAAUUAGGCUAAUUGGUCGGCUGGAUUAUGAAGAAAAAAAAUCCUACGAAAUUCAGGUAAAAGCAGUUGAUAAAGGAAGUCCCCCGAUGUCAAACCAUUGCAAGGUUUUAGUGAAAGUGCUGGAUAUAAACGAUAAUGCUCCGGAACUGGCGGUCACAUCCUUGUCUUUGCCGGUCAGAGAGGACGCUCCGCUCGGCACAGUCAUCGCUUUCAUUUCCGUGUCCGACCGCGACUCCAGCGUCAACGGCCAGGUGACCUGCACCCUGACACCGCACGUUCCCUUCAAGCUGGUGUCCACCUUCAAGAAUUACUAUUCUCUGGUGCUGGACAGCGACCUGGACCGCGAGAGCGUGGCGAACUAUGCUGUAGUAGUGACUGCUAGGGACGGGGGCUCGCCUCCGCUGUCGGCCACAGCCAGCGUGUCCGUGGAGGUGGCCGACGUGAACGACAACGCGCCCACGUUCGCGCAGCCCGAGUACACGGUGUUCGUCAAGGAGAACAACCCACCCGGCUGCCACAUCUUCACGGUGUCCGCGCGGGACUUGGACGCGCAGGAGAACGCGCUGGUGUCCUACUCGCUGGUGGAGAGGCGGGUGGGCGAGCGUGCGCUGUCGAGCUACGUGUCCGUGCACGCGGAGAGCGGCAAGGUGUUCGCGCUGCAGCCUCUGGACCACGAGGAGCUGGAGCUGCUGCAGUUGCAGGUGAGCGCGCGCGACGCGGGCGUGCCGCCUCUGGACAGCAACGUGACACUGCAGGUGUUCGUGCUGGACGAGAACGACAACGCGCCCGCGCUGCUGCCUCCCGGGGCGGGCAUCGGUGGCGGCGGGGGCGGCGCUGUGAGCCAGCUGGUGUCUCGGUCUGUGGGCGCGGGCCACGUGGUGGCGAAGGUGCGCGCGGUGGACGCGGACUCUGGCUACAACGCGUGGCUGUCUUAUGAGCUGCAGGCGGCGGCGGGUGGUGCGCGCAGCCCAUUCCGCGUGGGGCUGUACACGGGCGAGAUCAGCACGACGCGUGUCCUGGACGAGGCUGACGAACCUCGCCAGCGCCUGUUGGUGUUGGUGAAGGACCACGGGGAGCCUGCGCAGGUGGCCACGGCCACUGUGCUGCUGUCUCUGGUGGACAGCGGCCUGGCACCGAAGACCUCGUCGCGAGCGUCUUCCAGAGCCACGAGCUCAGAGACCACCCUGGUGGAGGUGAACGUGUACCUGAUCGUCGCCAUCUGCGCAGUGUCCAGCCUGUUGGUGCUGACGCUGCUGCUGUACACGGCGCUGCGGUGCUCGGCCCCGCCCAGCGAGGGCGCGUGCGCGCAGGGGAAGCGGGUGCUGGUGUGCUCGAGCGCAGUGGGGAGCUGGUCGUACUCGCAGCAGAGGAGGCAGAGGGUGUGCUCUGGGGAGGGGCCGCCCAAGACGGACCUCAUGGCCUUCAGCCCCAGCCUACCUCCGGGCCCGAACAUGUCGGAAGGAAAUGGACAUCCAGAAACAAAUUCGGAACUUUCCGGUAAUGUAAGUCCAACAUUCAAGUUUUGCUGCCUUCGCUAA